AUGAGAAAAUACACAAAUGGCAAGGACCUUGUGCGACCUGGAGUGACACGAUUUGCUAGCCACUUUAUCACUUUGCAGAGCAUUCUUAGUGCCAUUCCUCAUCUUAAGCAGAUGUUUGUGUCAGAUGCUUGGUUGGGGUCUGCAUACUCCAAAAGACCUGAAGCAGAGAAGAUUGUGACCAUUGUUUUUGAUGAUGGGUUCAAUAAAAGUGGAGAGGAGUUGACUGCGGUGACAGAACCUUUGGUGAGGGUUCUUCGUAUGGUGGAUGGAGAGGGCAUGCCAAUGGGUUUCAUUUAUGAGGCCAUGGAUAGGGCCAAAGAGGCCAUUUCACAUUACUAUCGUGGAAAUGCAAGAAAAUGUGAAAUCUUUUGGUGCAUCAUUGAUCGUAGGUGGACAAACCAACUCCACCAACCGAUACAUGCCUUCGCCUACUUUUUGAACCCGAAAUUCUACUUCUCUGAUUCAUUUAGGGCUGAUGAGGAGGUCAUGGCAGGUGUUAUUACAUGCAUUGGUAAGAUGACACCUGAUCCUGAGUUGAGAGACAAGGUUCUUGAUGAGUUGGAGGUGAGAUUUGACAUUUGCAAUUGCUCUAUCUUUAUUUAUGAAUUCGGAAAUGUUCAUUAUUGA